AUGGGAUCUCUCUCGGCUCCCAAGCGUGUCCUACUCCUCACCAACUCCGAGCACGGCCAAGCCAACGUCUUCCUAGCCGCCGGUUACGCUCUCCUCACACUCCCAGACGAAGAUGUUGAGGUUCACUUCGCUUCCUUCACACCCAUCCAAAAGUGUGUCCUCUCCACAUACGAACAUGCCAAGCGUAACAAGCCUCUUGCCCGCUCGAUCAUCUUCCACGCCAUCCCCGGCAUUGACAUGGUAUCCGCUUGGCUCCGACCUGAAAUUGCCGCCGAUCGGGUCAACAUAAACAAUACACGCAUCGGCCUCGUCCGCGCCAUCCGGCGUAUGCGCCUUCUGUUGCGUGUAACGCUCCCCUGGCUAGGUCCAGAGUUUAUUGGGAUCUUCUGGGCCAUCAUCGAGAUUAUUAUCAAUGUCCAUCCGUCCAUCGUCGCGGUCGACCCAGCCUUCUCCCCUGCGUUGACCGCCCUCCGCUACCUUAACCAUAGCAACCGAAGUCCCAACAUGAUCAAGUUCAUCAUACUUUCACCCAACACCAUCAAAGACUUUGCCAUGCCCUUCCAGCCGGACGCCCAAGCCCUCUGGAAAUACCCUUGCAUUGGGACAGCCUACCCCUUCCCUGUUCCCUUGCUCUACAUCCCAUGGAAUAUCUAUCUGAUAUUAUUCUCCAUCAUUGUCGCCGUCUUCCUAGACAGCAACCGUCGCUCCAUUCAGCAACAUCUCACGCUAAACACCGAUGAGAAAACAAAGGUCACAACCCUAAACGACCUCAGCCUCAGCUCAGCUGGAAUGCGAGUCAGAUUUCUGGUGGCUAACCUACCAGAGAUUGAGUUCCCGUUAAAGGUUAUACCAAAGCAUAUUAUCCCGUGUGGACCGAUGAUACGGCCGUCGAAGCCAGUGAAAGAGGCGGACCCGGAGUUGGCUGGGUGGUUAAAGCGAGGUGGGAAGACGGUGUAUAUCAAUCUGGGAACGCAUUUGUUGUUUGACGAGGCGGGGCAGAGGGAGAUGGCAAGGGCAAUCAAGAUGCUGUUGGAUGUGGCAGAAGGGACGACUUGGAGAGACACCGAGAGGAGGUUGAAAGGAUUGAAGGUUUUGUGGAAGGUGCCAGGGUUUGUGAAGGAGGCUGAAGAGAAUGGCGGUAGUGAGCUUGGUGAAGGACAAGGGAGAUCGGGGCAUGCGGCGGGCAUCAAGAAUGGACACCAACACGGGGAUGAGCAGCAGCAUCACGAUCGAAGUGAAUCGCCCAUAUACUCUAUACUCGGCCCAGAUAUUGAGUCUGGUACUGUUCGAAUAGUCAACUGGUUCCAAGCCGAGCCCACAGCAAUCUUGCAGAGCGGCGAUUUGGUAUGCGCCGUUCACCAUGGGGGUGCCAACUCCUUUUUAGAAACCGUCUGCGCUGGUAUCCCCCAAAUCAUCCUCCCUCCAUGGAUGGAUUGCUACGAUUUUGCCCGCCGAGUAGAGAUCCUUGGCAUCGGGCGCUGGGGAAACCGCUCGAUUUCCGACUCAUCAGAAAGCAGCAACAAGUUGUGCAAUGCGAGGGAGCUGGCAAACGUUCUGAUUGAUGUCAUUAUAAGUGGAAGGUGGCCUGUAUACGCAGAAAGAGCCAAGGAGUUGGCGAAGGUUUGUGGAGGGCCGGAAAUUGGAAGGGAAGUUGCCGCGAGAAUGAUCCUGAGGGAGAUUGACGGGUCUGAAGGUGAUGAUGUUAUUGGCGAAGAGCAGGAAGGUGUGAAAGCGGCGAGGGGUAGGGGAGAGGAGAAGGAGAAGACAAACUUAUUGGAUGGCGCAGGAAGUUCAUGA